AUGAAGUCCCUUCUGUACACACAUCAGAGAUCUCACACAGGGGAGAAGCCAUUUUCCUGUCCUGAGUGCGGGAAAUGUUUUUCAAUAAAGUCCCAUCUUUCCAGACAUCAGAGAUCUCACACGGGGGAAAAGCCAUAUUCCUGUCCUGAGUGUGGGAAAUGUUUUUCAGUGAAGUCUCAUCUUUACAAACAUCAGAGCUCUCACACGGGGGAAAAGCCGUAUUCCUGUUCUGAGUGUGGGAAAUAUUUUUCACAAGUCUUAUCGGUUUACACACAUCAAAGAUCUCACACAGGGGAAAAGCCAUAUUCCUGUCCUGAGUGUGGGAAAUGUUUUUCAUUGAAGUUCUAUCUUUACACACAUCAGAGAUCUCACACGGGGGAAAAGCCGUAUUCCUGUCCUGAGUGUGGGAAAUGUUUUUCAAGUAAGUCCUAUGUUUACAUACAUCAGAGAUCUCACACGGGGGAGAAGCCGUAUUCCUGUGUCCUGAGUGCGGGAAAUGUUUUUCACGUAAGUCCAGUCUUUACACACAUCAGAGAUCUCACACAGGGGAGAAAACCGUAUUCCUGUCCUGAGUGCGGGAAAUGUUUUUCACAGAAGUCCUAUCUUUCCAGACAUCAGAGAUCUCACACGGGGAAAAGCCACUUUCCUGUCCUAAGUGAGGGAAAUGUUCCUCACUGA